AACACAUCUCAACAAAACACUUAUUCGUGAUUAGAUAAAUAUCACCCUCUUGAACCCGCUUUUUAUCGUAGCAAUCCACAGAAGCAUGGCAGAAAGACGUGCUUUUAAACCCGUUGACAAAUCAACAAACGGUCACGUGUCCGAACAUGUCCGCCUAACUCACCCCUACCGGGUCCGCCCAUACCCCCUCUCCCUUCCGCCGGAAUCCUCCCCCCACGUCCCUUUCCGCCCCAUCCACCCCUCGAACAACGACGUCAAAAAAACCUACUACUGGGUGGACACCUUCGCCUACGGCGGCGUGCCGUCCACGGCCCUGAGCGGCGGCGAGGACAUCGACGGCCACCAGAUCUACGUGGGUCGGGCCUUCUUCAAGAACGACUGGAUCCCGGCCAAGGUCAUCCCGGGCCGCAACGUCGCCUACGUCGCCUACGCGGGGAAGGAGCACCACGUCGACCGCUUCCAGGUGUUGUGCGAGCAGCGCUUCGACUGGGUGACGGCGAGCGAGGGCCGGAUUCCGGAGGGGGCGGUGGAAGGCGGGCGCACGUGCGACGGAGAGGCGUUGUACAUCGGCAGGGUGCAGCACGAGGGCUCGCACACCCUGGGGAAGGUGCAUCCGAGCUACAAGUGCUGCUUUAUUCCGUUCGAUGGGAAGGAGCUGAGUUUUUCGGAGUACGAGGUGCUGAUUUUGAGGCCGUAGGGCGAGGAGGAACUGGAAGUGAGGGGGAGGGGGUGGUUGUCUCGUAAUAUGUUUGUAAUAUUUUAAAUCGAGCAGGUGUAACUUUUUAAAUAAAGAAUAAUGGAUUAGUAAUAAUAA